AUGAGAAUUGCUGUGGAAGGUUGUGCUCACGGUGAAUUAGAUAUUAUUUACGAAACUAUUCAAGAAAUGGAAAAAGCUGAUGGAAAGAAAAUUGAUUUACUCAUUUGUUGUGGAGACUUCCAAUCUACGAGAAAUUUAAGUGAUUUAAAUUGCAUGGCUGUACCUGAUAAAUAUAAGGACAUGUGUACUUUUUAUAAAUAUUACUCUGGGGAAAAAGUUGCUCCUGUGUUAACAAUAUUUAUUGGGGGAAAUCAUGAAGCUUCAAAUUAUCUUCAAGAACUACCAUAUGGUGGAUGGGUGGCACCUAAUAUUUAUUAUUUUGGGUAUGCUAGUGUAAUAACAAUAGGUGGUAUUAGAAUAGCAGGGUUAUCAGGCAUUUAUAAAAGUCAACAUUGGAUGCAAGGACACUAUGAAAAGCCACCGUAUACUGAAAACACAAUUAGGAGUGUGUAUCAUAUUAGGAAUUUAGAAGUAUUUAGAUUAAAGCAGCUUACUGGUAAUAUUGAUAUUUUCUUAUCACAUGAUUGGCCAUCAGGAAUAACUAAAUAUGGUGAUGAAAAUGUUUUAUUAAAAGGGAAACCUUUUUUCAAAAAUGAUAUUGAGAAUAACAUGCUUGGUAGUCUACCCAGUAUGGAACUUUUGGAACAUCAUUAUCCAAGCUAUUGGUUUUCUGCACAUUUACACUGUAAAUUUGCAGCUCUUGUUCCUGAAAAAGGAGGAACAAGAGUAACUAAAUUUUUAGCACUAGAUAAAUGUCUCCCAAAAAGAAAAUUUCUUCAAAUACUUGAAUUGGAACAUAAUCCAGAUUUGCCAUUGAAAUUACAUUAUGAUUUAGAGUGGUUAACAAUAUUAUAUUUGACAAAUCAUUUAUUAAGUGUUAAAAGUGGAAUUCAUUAUAUGCCUGGACAAUAUGGUAACACUCGAUGGGUAUUUACACCAUCUGUAGAUGAAAAGGCAAAAGUUCUAAAAAAAUUUAACUGUAAUUUACAAAUACCAUUAAAUUUCAUACAAACUGCAAAACCCCACAAUCCUGAUGCUACAGAUGUUUCCGUUGAACCACCACAAUUGUUGGUAAUAAGCAUUUCAUACAAAUUGAACCAAAUUGUAAGAAGUUUAAGCGACGAAAUUAUUCUAUAUAUUCAAAUACACUUUAACUACAGUAAAAUAUUUUAUUCAGCAAUUAAAUUUGGAAUAUUUUAUUUUCAACUAAUGGAUAAAUUAACAAUUAUUUCUGGAACAUUGUUUUUGGCUGCAGAUGUAUUUGCGAUUGUCAGUCUUGCGAUGCCCGAUUGGAUUAUUACCGAUGUCGGUGGAGAUACAAGAUUAGGGCUAAUGUGGUCAUGUAUGACCUUAUACAAUAGACCCCAAGUGUGUUACAGUCCAGAUUUACAACCAGAAUGGUUUAUGGCUCUUGUUUGUAUUUUUGUCGGUUGUAUUUUAAUAACAGCUACUAUAAUAUUAUUAGCUAGUUCUCAUUGGGAUCGUAACGUUAUUCCUUAUGCAAGAUGGGUAGGAUUUACAGCUAUGGUGCUGUUUUGUUUAGCAGCUGUCAUAUUCCCAAUGGGUUUCCAUAUUGAUGAGAUUGGUGGACAACCAUAUCAAUUACCAAAUUCACACCAAGUUGGUAUUUCUUAUAUUCUUUUUGUUUUAGCUUUAUGGAUCACAGUAAUUUCAGAAUUAUUUGCUGGCAAAGUUUGUCUCCCACAUUUUUAG